AAAGCAGUCAAGAUAUGAUGGACCAUACCGAUAAUGCGGCAACGGGUCGGUCCGCCUCGUUAAUCGACGGUCAGCUGGAGAGAGAUGGCCAUGCACUGGCUGCCAACUACGAGAGAUGCAUUACGUUUCGCAUGCUCCUGCAGGAGAUCAGCGCCACCAUGACCAUGCGCAUUCAGGCAGUCGAGUCUUCGCUGGGCGUGAGCGAAGGCGCCUUUGAAACGCAAGAUGCCGCCGUCCAAGACAUGAUCCAAGCACACCAGCAAGUCGAAGAAGACCUCCGCGCGAUCUUUACAGCUCUAAAGCAUCAACGCGUGGACCCUGCGAUGGUAUCGGGCGAAGUUGGAAAGUCGCUGUUUGACUUUGUCGACGCCGACACUGUCAUGGACCUACAGCGCCAAGCUCAGAGCCACAUCCACACCAUUGUCGAGUCACGGCACAACACCGUCGACUCGCUGGAGUUGCUUCGCGCCACCAUGUCCUUCUACCAAGGUCUUGACUUCAACGGCAUGGUUCCUCUAUCGAGUGAUGGACAGUCUGUGUGGGACGCGCUGGGCGAUCUGUGCCAACACUUGCAGGAUGAGUUGUUCGAGUGCAAAUUGCGCCACACGUCGCUGCAAGAGACACGUCACCACGCGGCCGUCGAUCGCAUCACGGAGGACUCGUCGGCGCUGGUCAAAGCCAGCUCCACCGCCUUGAACCACUUGACCGAACUAUAUGACGUGGCGCUGUUGUAUUUUGUCGACAUGGAGCAAUGCGAUCGGCGGAUCCUGCACACAUUUUCAGCCAUGCACGACACCAGCCAGGCGUACGAUGCCGCCCUCUCAGAGUGCCACGUACUCUUGGACGAGUUGACGAAUUUGCUUCGAUUCUACGAGCGCUUCUUGGCCGCGUACGAGGCAUUGCCACUGGAACUACAGCGUCGGCAAGCAUAUGAGGCCACCACACGGCGCCUGGUGCGUUGAAAGUGCAAUUUGCAGUUUCCUCCCUUUACGAUGUGAUGAUGGAAGCAUCUAGGUGGCCGACCUGCAGUCGCAUCUGAAUGCACUCGAAGCCACCGAACGGCUAGACCGCCAAGCGUUUGCAGACGACCACGAGCAAUUUUUACCCGCGACCUUGUGUCCUUGUAUCAAGGACCGUCCAUACAAACCAACCCUUGUCAUGGACCCCCCCCCCACUGCGACAAAUUGAAUAGGAACCUCUGUGGGCAUAUCAAGUCGAACAACUUUGAAGUGCAUAAAUAUAACAAUAAGUCCAUGUGGAUGAGAUUCAUAACUAGAAAGAGCAGC